ACUGAAUUAUCACAAGUUUCUUUUCCCACCCACCAUCAUCAUUCUCUCUCUCUCUCUCUGCUAUGAUAGUCAGUCAGCCGUAACUCAAGUGGUUUGUAGCAACAACAAUUACCACCACCACAACCACCUUAUACAUAUCAUUCUCACUUUAACUACAGUACCACAACUACUGUUAUUGUUAUUAUUACUACCAGUACUACUAAUUCUGGUGUUGUUGGGGAUAUCUUGCGACCAAGACAAUCCGUUUUAUCCGCCUCCUCAUCUUCCUUCCACUGUAAGUCAGUCCCGAUACGUUCAUCCACACAACCAAGAAAAACAGAUCCCAUCUCCUAGAAACGACACCUUAACCACAUAGUCCACCUUUAAUAAUGCACUGUGUUAGGCAGAAAUCGGUGAGUGUUUUAUCUCGCCAGUGCUGUGGUGGAUUUCAUAAUUUAAUCCCGGGAUUCAUAGAGCCAGCCCCGAAAUGGAACCUACAACGUCAGCUUCGACGUACCAAAGUACUAUCGGUGGCCAGUAUGAAUCCCCAUGUAAAGGAAAUGGAAUACGCGGUUCGGGGACCAAUUGUUAUAAGGGCUGCGGAAAUCGAAGCUGAUUUAAACAAGGGAGUACCAAAACCAUUCACAGAAGUAAUCCGAGCCAAUAUUGGUGACUGCCAUGCGACAGGGCAAAGCCCAAUUAAAUUUCUACGACAAGUUGUGACCCUUUGUGUUUUUCCUGAUUUGAUGACUGAACCUAAUUUUCCGUCUGAUGCUAAAGACAGGGCUCAACGAAUUCUCAAUGAUUGUGGAGGCAAGAGUGUAGGUAAGUGAUCAACAUUAAGCCUG